GUGCAAGGUUUUGUGGAUUUAAAUAAUACUGAUAAUAUAAUUGGUAAUAAUUGUAAAGUUAUUGACAUUAAUUGAUUCUUACUCGCCUUAUUCAUCUGUUAUAUAUUGAUACUUUAAUAUCUAGCAUUUUUUAAUUAUAUGCCAUCCGAUAACCAACUUCUCCGGGUGGCUUAUACUAAAACAGCGAAGUACGAUAACAUACAAUCCUAGCAGUUAUUUUAAAAAAGCAGUAUGUGGUCAAUAUGAACCCUUUCAGUUUUAUCCUAAUUGAUGUUGUUGACGUGUCGUUAGAUUCACUACUGUAAUGUAAACUUAAUAAGAUCUUAGUAUUAUCCACAACAUGCUUAUAUAUUGUUAGUACAUUGUGUUUAUACUCCUAACAAUAAGCAUAUUCCAGUGUUAGCGUUCUUUUCUAGCAAAUAAUGAAGAAAGUAUUAUGUUACGUGCGCUAUUGUUGUUGCUGUUGUGUUUCUAGCCUACCCCUUGCCAGGCAGUCCCAGGGUGGGAUUGCAGCAUCCCACGAUAACAUGAUACAGUAAAACAGCUCUAUCAUCCAUAACCCCGCCAAAAUAAUUCCACACAGUGCAUUACUCGAAAGACCAGGAUAUAGAGGUGUGUCGCAACGGAUGGAAACUGUAAAGGCAUGGUGCCUGUUGUACCUCUGUGGAGGAAUUUUCUGUUCUUGGGGGCAUCGCUGAGAGGGCACUCUCGUGAGCUGUAAGAAGUUCUUCAGGUGGCUUACAAAAUAAUGGUUUUGUUAGCAUUAUUGUUCUUGCAGUUUAUUAUUAUCUUUGCAUCAGUUUCACUGUGUACACGCAAAUUUACAAAGUCUUAAGUGUAAAGAGAGAGGGCAGGAGGACUGUGUCUCAAGAAGUUUAUUAUUAAAAUCUAUACCCUAUCUUUCAAUUAAAUGAACAAGGCAGAGUAUGAAUCUAUGCAAACAAUAAAUAGAUUUGGGGGCUGAAAUCACCCCCUUCUCAUUUUACUUACGACACUUCAGCUAGUGUGGUGAAGUUGUGGGGGGAAGAGAAAAGCAAUUAAAUCACUGUGUGACAAAAAUAUUUUAUUUGCUUUCUACUACAGCAGGGGUAGGCAACCUAAGGCCCGUGGGCCGGAUGCGGCCCAAUAGCCUUCUCAAUCCGGCCUGUGGACGGUCUGGGAAUCAGCAUGUUUUUACAUGAGUAGAAUGUGUCCUUUUAUUUAAAAUGCAUCUCUGGGUUAUUUGUGGGGCCUGCCUGGUGUUUUUACAUGAGUAGAAUGUGUGCUUUUAUUUAAAAUGCAGCUCUCGGUUAUUUGUGGGGCAUAGGAAUUAGUUCAUAUUUUUUUUCCACAAUAUAGUCCGGCCCACCACAUGGUCUGAAGGACAGUGGACUGGCCCACGGCUGAAAAAGCAUUAGCCACCAUGGUGAAACUUUUUAUUGGCAAUCUUCCUCGGGAGGCCACGGAGCAGGAGAUCCGCUCCCUUUUUGAGCAGUACGGACGGGUUCUGGAAUGUGACAUCAUAAAGAACUACGGCUUUGUGCACAUUGAGGACAAGACGGCAGCCGAGGAUGCCAUCCGCAACCUGCACCAUUACAAGCUGCACGGGGUGUGCAUCAACGUGGAGGCCAGUAAGAACAAGAGCAAGGCUUCCACCAAACUGCAUGUAGGCAACAUCAGCACCGGAUGCACCAACCUGGAGCUGCGAACCAAGUUUGAGGAGUAUGGGCCGGUGCUUGAAUGCGACAUUGUUAAGGAUUAUGCGUUUGUGCACAUGGAGAGAGCAGAGGAUGCCGUGGAGGCCAUCAGGGGCCUUGACAACACAGAAUUCCAAGGCAAACGAAUGCGCGUGCAGUUGUCCACCAGCCGUCUCAGGACCGCACCCGGGAUGGGAGACAAGAGUGGCUGCUACCGGUGUGGGAAGGAGGGUCACUGGUCUAAAGAGUGCCCGGUAGAUCGCACGGGGCAAGUGCCCGAGUUGGCCGAAACUUAUAGCGAGCAAUACGGAAUGGUGCGCACCCCCUACCCUACGGGCUAUGGGGACCCCGUGUAUUAUGAUGACCCUUAUGGAAUGGUGGACUACUAUAAACGGUAUCGCGCGAGGUCCGCCGCGGCGUAUGGGGCUUCUGCAUACGACACUUAUGCGGAGCAGACCAUGGCCCAGUAUUCCCAGUACGCCCAGUACUCACAAGCCACAGCCAUGGCCAAUCGCCUCUCCACUGCCUUAGAGCCCUACGAGAGGGCCUUGCUGCCUGCCUCGGGAACUGCAGCAGCAGUAGCUGCUGCGGCGGCGGCCGCGACUUCCUCAUUUUACACCCGGGAUAGAAGCCCCCUGCGUCGCUCGGCAGCUGCGGCUUCCACCGUCGGAGACGUGUACGGAUACGAGCGUGUUCAGCUUUCUCCCGUUCCGCGAUCAUCCCUCUACGAUGUCCAGCGGUUCGGGCGGGAUGCAGGCGCGGACAGGUUGCGAUACUCCGCGUAUUGAGUCUGGAGGUGAGAGCGUUUUUUUCCUGAGUCGCUUGGAGGAGGGGGAUGGCACAUUAGCAUGGCUGGUGAGACUUGGGGAAAUGGUCCGCUGUGUCUUGAGGGAUACCUUCUGGUAUCUGCUGUGCUCUGGAUUGCAAAGCUGCUGGCAGCAGCAUAGGCCUAGCACUUAGGAUAUCUGAGGCAACCUGGAGCAAGCGAUGCAGCUGGGUGUGGGAGGUGUAGUUUGGACCAGUGUCGCCAGCCCGGCAAUAGAGGGAGGAGAGGUGAGGUGUCCUUGAGGGUUUUGCUGCAUAGCUGGGCUGUGGGUAUUUCCCCGUGGGAAGAAUAGGCUCCACUCUCCUGCUCUUAAAAUCUGGCCCAGUCUGUCAAUUUCUUGCUCUCCAGCCCAAGUGCUUCUGUUGCUUUCCCUGCUGUUGCCAUUGACCUUGCACCUUUGCCAUCUGCCCACAAGGCUGCCAACAUCCCCCUUGCAUAUGUAGCUUGAUAUGCAUUAUAGAGGCUGGGGCUGAGGUGUAGCAGUCACUCUGGCUUGCAGGAGAUGCAGUGGCCUUUGGACAACACUGCUCUGAAAUAAGCAGCAAGGCUUCAAGCAUCCAGAAGAUUCCCCAGCUUCAUCGCUGAGCUGUGUGCUGGGAGGGUCAUUCACAGAGGGCCUGUGAAUUUUCAAAGUUGACAACUUGUCAAACGUGCAGUUUCAACAUCUCCUUACACAAGAAUAGCCAUGCUGAUUCAGACCAAGACCUGCCUAGACCAGCCUUCUCCUUACAGCAGUGGAUAAUUAGGUACGUCCCAAGCUGGGCAUGAAGUUGAGCUUUCCUUGUCUACACCAUUCAGAGUUGUCCUGCUCAAUUCAUGGAGGUGGCCAUUGAGAAGAUAUCCUCCUUUAUGAAUUUGUCUGAUUCUUUUAAAAAGCCACAUAAGCCAGUAGCCAUCUCCCCAUCUUCUGAUAGUAAAUUUAUUCAGUUAAUCAUGUAUUAUAUGAGGGAAUACUCCGAUUUUCUCUAUCCUAAACCCAUUGCAAAUUAUUUUUGGCAGGUAACACAGAGUCCUAGUUGUAUGAGAGAGGGUAAAUAAUUUUCUUUCCACUUUUCCCCAUAUGGUUCAUUAUUUUAUAAACUUCUCUCUCUCUCUGUCCAUCCAUCCCAUUUGUCUUCUUUCUUAAACGAAAACUAAAAGCCUUAUAUUAUAAUGAAAGCACUCCACCCCCUUGAUAUCUUAAUUGCUUCCUUUCUGUAUUUCUUCCAGCUGUGUGAUACCCUUUGAGGGAUAGGACAAUAUGCAGCAUUAUAAAAUGUCACCAUACCACAGAUGCAUAUUAUUACACUUGUAAUUCUGUUUGCAAUCUCACCCUAAUAAUUCCACACAUUGAGGGUUUUUUCUUCCUUCCCUUUUUCUAACUGCAACAUUUUAAUUAAGCUCACAUACACACGCAAAUACACAGCAGCUCCCUUUUCGGGUAGUCGGCAUGCAUUCAUCUGAAAGUUAGAUUGAACUGUAAUAACAGCAAAUGCCACCAUUUGCUGUUUGUAGGUUAUGUAUGACCCCAGUGCAUAGUAGGAUAGCCUGAGGCUUAUCGGCAAUCUGUCAGAAUGGAUGGGCAAUUCACAUGCAAGCCAGGAUUUACUACCAGUACUGUUGACAUAGGCUGUAGAUCACUGGUAGAACUUGUGCUUUGAAUGCAGAAGGUCCCAGGCGCAGUCUCCCCCCAGAGGAUUAAGUAACAGGUAUUGGAGAAACCCAUUUUCUCAGUGUAACUCUGGAAAGCUGCUGCCAGUCGGAGUAGACAACAUAAAACUAGAUGGAGAAGUAAUCUGAAUUGGUGUAAGGCAGCUUGUUCAGUGAAGAGACCACAGCUCACUGGUAGAGCUCUGCAUACAGAAGGUCUCGGGUUCAGUACCUUUCAUCUCCUGUUAAAAGGAACCCUGGUUGUGAAAAAAGGACCUAUGCCUGGGAGAUUGGGAGGCACUGCCAGUCACUGGUCUAAGCUGAGAGAAGGCAGUCUUAGUCCUGCUUCAGGGAUGGACUGCAAAUGCCAACAAAUGAAGCACUGCCCCAAAAGUGCAUUGGUUGCCCCAAUGUGCAUUUUAACUACAGUAGUUGCUUACAUUUCAGGAAAUCGGUAACUAAAAUGAGCAAACUGAGAAUUUCCUAUAAAUAGUUCUUUUGCUUUUCAAAACAAAUAUUUCACAUUAAUUGGGGUUGCGGGAACCAAUGUUCCCUUAAACUGCUCGUCCUGUAUUAUGUCUCCCAGCCAAAGUGGGAUGCUUUGUAAACCGCUGAGGAAUAUGCUGAUAAUUAUCUUUCCAGAGCUAUUUGUGGAAUAGUUACAAUUCUGAGUUCUCUUUCUCUUUCUAUCCCUGAUGCCUGUUCCUUCCACCAGCCUCAUUCACAUACAGCUUUCUUGACAUUCAGAAGUUUGGGUAGGUACUCAUGCACCAUCCUUAGAAGUGAAGAUCUUUGUGUUGGAAUCCUGUGCAACGUGGUCCUGGGUUCACUCUAGGCAGAGAUCCACCUUUGAGCCUUCAAAUGAAUUGUGUCUUUUAUUUUUCAGGUAGGCUAUUUGAGGGCUGGACGUCGGGUUCCUGUGGUACAUCCGCGACAAAACUGUGCCAGGCUUCACGAUGUGUCAAUUUGUGUUUAGCAUGGUCUCACUAAUGGACAUCUUGUGUCUCUUCAAAGUUUAGUGACAACUAACUUCCCAUUUAAAAACAAAAAUAGAACACCUUUCCGAAUGAUUUUUGCGGGGGUGGGGUGGGGGAGGGAGGUGUUGCGGGGAGUUUGGCAGUUACCGAUAUUGCACCCUCCUGCCUAGACCUGGAUUUUAAGUUUAGGGUGGUCCUGGGUGGAACAGGAGGCAAGUUCUUUUCCUUCUGGGGCCUACUUUAAUCCACAGCCUUCCCUCCCAGCUCAGUUUCUGUCUCCCUAUUUGUGGCUUCAUUUUGCAAGUGAAUAAUCAGUACUCCCCCCCCCUCCUUUUUUCUUUUUUUCCUUUUUUUCCUUUUUUUUUGGUAUUUUCCUGAGUUUAUUCCCUCCUGUGGAGUCCUUCUUAUACUGAUAAUUAACCUGUGACUCUUGUUCUCUGAAGUUUGACAAAAAUUUCUUCAGUAAAAUAAAACAUUUGUAACAGA